UUUUGUUAUGCGUACAAUUAAGUUAUCUUUAAUAAUUUUUUCCAGAACUUUAACUAAGGUACAAGUUAAGGCUAUAGGUCGAUAAUUAGAUGCUAGUGAUUUGUCACCUUUUUUAAACAAUGGUAUAAUGUUUGAAUGGGUCCAAAUAGAGGGUAAGGUGCCUGUCAUCAUUGAGUAUCGAAAAAUUUGAGUUAUAGGUUGAGUUAAGCUACCUGCACAUUUUUUAAGAAUGUAAUUAUUUAGGCAAUCGGGUGAGGUGUUAACUUUAAGUGUUAAUUUUAUCAAUUUAUCGAAAACAUCAGCUUCAGAAAUAUCAAUGUAAUUAAGAGUGUUAGUAUUUAAAUUUUGUAAAUUUAGCGGGUGAGGCAAGUUUUGUUUGUGAAAUAUUGAUUUAAAGUAAAGUGCAAAAUAAUUUGCUUUAGCUAGAUCGGUAGAGAAAACAUUAUUAGUUUUAAUGUCAAGUAUGGUAGGAAUAUUAAAGGAGUUAGACUUAACUUGUGAGGAAAUAUAAUUGAAAAUUCUUUUGCUAUUUUUACUUUUUAUUAAUUUAUUUUCUCUGUAUAUUAAGUAUUUUUUAAGUUCUUUAUUAAAUCUUUUAUUGACGUAAAGAAAUUUAGAUUUUAUAUCUGCUUUAUGUAUAUCCUUCCAGAGUUGAGCACGAUAAGUAUCGAUUUUUUGCAAAUGAUUUGGAAGAUUAAGAGAUGAACAAUUUGUAAUAGGAAUGAAAUUUUCAAUAAAAUUUUUUGUAAUCUGGGUAAAAGUAGAGUAUAUUGUAUCUAAAUUGUGCGGAAAGAUAGAUUUAAAAAUAUUGUUCCAGUCCGUAUUAGCAACAGCAUAGUUUAAUGAAUUGUAGUCUCCUUUUAAGUAAUUUAAUCGAUAGUAUAAUUCAGAUGGUUCAUUUUUAAAGGUGACGGAAAAUGAAAAAGAGGAGUGAUCUGAUGAAGACAUAGGCGGAAGGGACAGAAUGUCAUCUAUUAAACCAGGAUUGUUAGUAAUUAAAAGGUCUAAUAUAUUUUUUGAUCUAGUGGAAAAAGUAAUUAGCUGAUGUAAAUCAGCAUUUUUAACAAAUUCUUUGAAAAUAUUAUUGCUAUCAUUAUCAGCUAGCCAAUUAAUUGAGGGGAGAUUAAAGUCACCGGUAAUAAUUAUAGGGUAUGAAACUGAGAGUAGAUCAGUUAGAAUAGAAAUAAGAUCAAAAAGAAUAAUAUCGGUAGUUUUUGGCGGUACAUAAGCAUUUAUGAAUCUCAUUUUAUGUCCCAAACCGUUUAUUAUAUCGAGGCAAACAAUCUCAAUGUUUUUUAAAGUUUUUUUUGAAAAUUUGAUUAAAUUGACCGAAAAUAUGUUGGAAAUAAUAAUAGCUACGCCACCACCUCUGCUCUUCCUAUUAUGUCGAAAAAUAGAGUAAGGAAGAUUUUUUACCAAUAAUGAGUCAGGAAUAUCGUUAGUUAACCAAGUUUCUGUAAUAAGGAUUAUGUUAUAUUUAUAGGAUUCAAGUAAAAAAUGUAAAUCAUUUAAUUUGUUUUUGAUUGAUCUUGCAUUA